GGAAUAGGAAUAUAUUCCAGAUUCUGUCAAUCUGUUCGUACUUCGUACAGACAUUUGACUCCUUCGUAUUGCAUUCAGGCACUGAAUUAUUUAUUAUUUAUAUUAUAAUUACAUUAUUUGCACGGUAAUCGAUUUGUAAAUCUGACUGAUAAUGAAUUUUACGCCAAGUAGAAAAAAUGUAGCUUUAGAAAAACUCAAAAAACCCUCUUACGAUCACGAUUUACAACUGUAUCGUGAAAUUCCUGAUAUCAAUAUUAAUUUGGAUGAGUUUGAAGAAUGGGCAAUUGAAAGACUAAAGGUUUUACAAAUAUUGGAACAAUUGAGUUUGAAAGGAAACACAAGUAAUUAUGAAGAUUUUACUAAAUCUGUGGUUCACGAAAUAAAGAAAGAAGGAUUAAAACACAUGCAUAAAUUGAUAAACGGUGGCAUUUAUAAGGAUUACAAUGAAAACUGUGAUGCGAGAAAAAGAGAUUUAUGUUCACAUUUCAUUCUUCGAUUAAUUUAUUGUAAAAGUGAUGAGUUACGAAAAUGGUUUAUCAACAGGGAAAUCGAAUUAUUCAAAUUACGUUGGUCACUACUUUCAAAAAGCGAUAAACUAAAAUUUUUAUCUUCGAACAACACUAAUUAUUCAGCUGUUAGCGAAGAAGAACAUCAAAUAAUGGCUGAAAGUAUGGGAUCUCUCGCUACAGCUGGAAAUAAUAAUGAGUAUUUUAAAGUCCGCUGGACACAAGUUUUGGAUUUAGUUCGUAAUAGAAAAGUGUACCUAUGUGAUGGAUUUGCUUAUGUUAUACAAACAGAUGUUAUCUCUGGUGUUUGCCAAACAUUUCGGUCAGAACUUUCUCAAGAAUUAGUAAAGUGUUUUCAAAAAUUCAGUAUUAUUAGUGAAGAUGAACGAUUCGGUGCUUUUAUAAAAUAUUUGCAUCAGUCCUAUAUGGGAAAAAAUUACUCCGUUACAGAAAACAUGUCUACUUUAUCUAUUAAUACAAUUGAUCAUUCUUCAAAGUCUUUUCCUCUAUGUAUGAAACGGUUGCAUGUAGUUUUGAGGAGUGAACAUCAUUUGAAACAUCAAGCUCGACAACAGUAUGGUUUAUUUUUAAAAGGAGCCGGAUUACCGCUUGAACAAGCGUUGGUAUUAUGGAGAUCAGAAUUUACUAAGAAAAUGGAUGCUGAUAAAUUUGAUAAACAAUAUAGCUAUAAUAUAAGACAUAAUUAUGGCAAAGAAGGAAAAAAAGUAAACUAUACACCAUACAGCUGUAUGAAAAUAAUUAUGGGUGCAGUGGGUUUGGAUGAAUAUCACGGGUGUCCAUAUAAACAUACUAAUAGUCAAGCAUUAAAACAAUUACUUGAGACUUCUAACAUUUCAACCCAAAGUAUUCAAGAAAUUUUAAAUCUGUCACAAAAUGGACAUUAUCAAAUUGCUUGUACAAAAUAUUUUGAAGCACAUAAUGGUGUAUCACCUUCUUGCACAGCUAUCAAUCACCCAAAUCAAUUCUUUGAAGAAAGUCAAAAAUUGAAAGGAUUCAAUGUCGAAUCUAAUAUCAAUGAUUCUCAAGUAAAUGAAUCGUCGAUGAUAGAUGAUAUUGAAAAUAAUGAAUUUGAUCAAACAAUGGUCGAUUUUGUUGACAAAAUGGAUGAAUGAAUUAUAAUAUUUUUUUUUUUUACUUACUAUUAGCAAGUACAAAUAAGUUUUUUUUCAACAUUUUGUCUUUUACUUUUAAUAAAGAAUAUUAUUUGAAAUAUUAAUAGCAAGUCAUACCAGAGGCUUGUCCAGGAUAAAAGUUCUUGGCAGGCCCGGUUUUAAGAAAGAUGUGUACAAUAAAUACAUUUUUUUAAAGGAAAUUAUAGUCAAUCAUAGUAUUAACUAAUAAUGAAUAUAUAUUUUUAAUUUUUAUUAUGUAAUAUGGUUGUCAACGGUUCGCGGAUGCAUGUUUUUCCUAGAAGCGCUUAAGGAUCGCCAAUUAAUUUUAUUUAUAGAUAGAUUAUUGUACACCAUACAAAAUAUAAUUGAUACACGGCCAUAUAGGGACCACCGCAUUAUGCCAUUGUAUUCACAUUUCACAUUCAGAUUUCACUGUUCGGUGUGUUAAUACAAAAAAUAAAUAUGCAAUCCUUGGUAAGCAGUAUACAUGGGUUGUAGAAAUUAUUUUUGUUAAAGAAGUACUCUGCAUAAAUGAUAACAUUUUACUUUUAUCACUAUUAAUAUGUUUCUUAACGUUGUAAACUAUAUUAUUUAAACUGUAUACCACUAUACUUAGUCCCAGUGGCUAGCGUUUUUAAUUAUAAUUUAUAUUCAAUUAAGUAAUACUUUUCUACAUUGGACCAUGUAUUAUCAAAUACAAUUAGUAGUACAAAUUGUUGUGUUUAUUGCUGUUUGGCAAGACCUGACUGAAAUAAUUUGACUGAGCUGACCUGACCUGACUGAGGUUUAUCAUUUCAUUCCAAAAUCAGGUUUAAGAGCUGUGAAAAUUGUUAAUAAGCUUGGUAUUGAGCUUUCUCAAAUGUGGCUAUGAGCAAGGCUUGGGAUAAAAUAUUUAAGUCUGGGAAUAAGUUAACAAAAACUAUCAAUUUAUGCUCCAAACAUUUUUUGAAAGAAGAUUACAUACAGCCAUAAUUACUUAUAUUGUGUCCACCUGUGUUUUUCUAAAGCACUGUUUGGAAUAGCGUCUAUUAAAGUUUUUAAAAUAUCUAUUUCAGAUAAUGUCGAUGGCAAAUUUAAGUUAUGGGCUUUAAUGCAAUCGGUUUCUAUUAAAGGCCUAGGUUUGUAAUUUUGUAAUGCCAUUUCUUUCCUUGCUGACCAAACGCGUUUUAUAUCUGUAGAUAAUAUUUUCUCAAAUUCUAACACAUUUUCCCUAAUAAAUUUAAUAUAUAUAUAAACACUAGUUAAUAAAUUAUAAGUACUAGUAAGAUUUUUCAAAAUAUCUAAAUUGAAUAUUUUUCAAUUCAUUGUUUUUAGUUAUUUGUGUUUAAUGAGUAUCUAGUACAUUGAAUAAGGAUUGCUGAUAUAUGCUAACAGUGGCCACUUGCUCCAGCCUUACUCGAGCAAAUAAAUUCAGCCAACUUAAUUUUAACGAGAUCUUGCAAUUGAACCAUUUAUUUUAACAUGUUACAGAAUUUGUUACAUCUUUUAUUAUUUAUUAUAACCUCCUUGCAUGA